CCUGAAGUACUGAAAUCAAUGGAAAUAGAUAAUAGUUAUAAUCUCUGUUCAUCCAAGAUACAACUUCUUCGUCCUGUAAAAGUACUGAGUGAAAAAAAAACAUGGGAAUUAGUCCUAAAUAAUGCUGAAUUCGAACAAGCAAUUAGAGUUAAAAUUUGCAAAGCACCAGAAAAACCAUGCAAUUGGCCAUCUCAACCAAAUUAUAAAAGUUGGUGCCAUCAAGAAUAUUCUUCACGUAUUCUUUAUUCAGUUAGACUUGAUGGAACU